UACUGCCUAGUGCCCUCCAAAUCCAACUCCCAUGUCAAAUUACCACGAAGAGGAAAAGGCGGAGGAGGUCCAGAAGAAGGUGAGACAACGCCGCUCCUCCCUUUUUUUUAUACGGUAGAUGUUGCUGUCUCUGCCGACAAUGCGUCAAGCAGCUGCUGCGACUCCAAGAGGACCCAUCGCCGACUCACCAACCGGGGGGAAUAGGAAGCUAACCACUGUCUACCGUGCGACGUGAUCUCCGUCCUGUCCCCCGGAAGACUUCUUGUAGCUUCGCCCGUGCCGUAUGGGGUCCAGCGGCGGCAGAGGUAUAAGCGGGUGAGGCGAAGGGAGACGAUUGAAGGAGAUUCCGUGCCAUCAGAAACAUGUCAUCGUCCAAUCCUUCUCUUUCUGAUCAUCUAUCUGGAAAAAUUAGCCCUUUUGGUCUUAGAGUGUGGCAGAUAAUUGGUAUUAGCUUUGGAGCUGUCCUGUUAUGUGCACUCUCGUUGUUGAUGAUGCGUCUCUGUUGCCAGAACAGAAGAAGAUAUAGAAGUCCUUCUGGUUAUCUUCCCACCACUGAGAUUCCUGCAUUUACGAGGGACAUCGAGGAAGUCCCAGUUGAGAAGCCUAUAAAAAAUGAUUCUGUUCUUCUUAAAGGCUAUGCUGGCUCUAGUGACAAUGGUUCCAACAUGGGUGUGAACUUUGGAAAACUGGAACAAGGUGAAAACAAUAUCAAUUUCAACUCUUUCCAUUAUGUCCAGAAACAUACUAACUCCAAGUGUAUUGAAAUAAGGACAGCAAACUUUAUGGUAAACAGACAGCAUUCUUCUAACCCUGCUGCUGCUCCACAAUUAUCAAGCAUUCCAGAGUCUUCUCUCCUUGGUUGGGGUCAUUGGUUUACCACAAGGGACUUAGGAAUUGCGACGAAUUGGUUUUCGAAGGAUAAUGUUAUUGGUGAGGGUGGUUAUGGAGUUGUUUAUCGUGGGAAGCUGAUCAACGGAACUCCAGUAGCAAUCAAGAGACUCCUUAACAAUUUUGGCCAAGCAGAAAAAGAAUUUAGGGUGGAAAUUGAAGCAAUUGGUCAUGUUCGCCACAAGAACCUAGUUCGGCUCCUUGGAUUCUGUGUGGAAGGCACUCAAAGGAUGCUGGUUUAUGAGUAUGCCAAUAAUGGGAAUCUUGAACAGUGGCUUCACGGGGCUGUAGGACAGAAGGGUUCUCUUACUUGGGAUCUUCGUAUGAAGAUUAUCUUGGGAACAGCUAAAGCGCUUGCCUAUUUACAUGAGGCUGUUGAACCAAAAGUCGUCCAUCGGGAUAUUAAGUCCAGUAACAUAUUGAUAGACGAGGACUUUAAUGCCAAAAUAUCUGAUUUUGGCUUAGCAAAGUUGUUGGGUGCUGAGAAAAGCCAUAUCACUACCCGUGUUAUGGGCACUUUUGGGUAUGUUGCACCAGAAUAUGCAAAUUCUGGAUGUCUAAAUGAAAAGAGCGAUGUAUACAGUUUUGGUGUUCUUCUCCUGGAGGCCAUUACUGGGAGGGACCCAAUUAACUAUCAACAUCCUCCUGAUGAGGUACAUCUUGUUGACUGGCUUAAAUGGAUGAUUGCCAACCGCCGUUCUGAAGAAGUGGGAGAUCCAACCAUAGUGACUAGGCCAACUUCUAAGGCUCUGAAAAAAGCCCUUUUAGUAGCAUUGAGGUGUGUUGAACUUGAUUCAGAGAAGAGACCAACAAUGGGGCAGGUUGUUCAAAUGCUGGAACCUGAUAACCAUAAAUCAUGCGAGGACCAAAGACUGCGCAAUCAAGUUGCGAAAGGAGAUACUGAAACAAAACUGGAAGAUUUUGAUAAAUCCCAAUCCUGAUUCUAAAUCCAAAGGAACAAGAGACAAGCAGAUAAAUGAUAGGAGGGACAACUAAAGUUCAGAUGAUGCUCAACAUAUAUUAAUUUCAUUUUAAUGAUAUGUUGAUUAGACUUUAGAGGGCAUCUACUUUGCCUGUGUUCAUUUUUUGUUUUUUCAAAGUUGUUAUCUUGCGAGUGAUAGAUUUAAGAUUGUUUUAGGAAUGUGUGUUUUGUAGUCGUUUAAAUGGUAAAAGUUGAAAAUAUGCAUAGUACUCAUAUUUACA